GCUGGAUGUGGGCUGCUGGGGGCAGCUGGGUAUGUGUGUGUCUGUGAGUGUGUUUAAGACGCGUCGACUCGAGCAGGAGCAGCAGCAGCAGCAGCAGGAGGGGGACUUGAAAACUUCACUGCGUCCAGUGAGAGCGGGGAUUUGGCGAUUUAGAGGCUUCCAGUCCAGCUGCGAUCGUCGGAGAGGAGGACCGGUCCGGUUCUCGGCACUGGAACCAUUUCCGGCCAACAUGGAUGAUUUAGAUGCUUUAUUGGCGGACCUCGAGUCCACAACAUCCCACAUCUCAAAACACCCCCUUUUCCUGUCUGAAGAGGCCGCCUACUCCUUUCCUGUGCGGGGUCAGACCCAGCAAGACGUCUGCUCUCCAUCCCAAGUCCCACCCACUCCCUCAGACCAAGCUCUGAAUGGAGUAGAAGAAAUAGAGUCUGUCAGCACAGCGCAGAGAAGUCCUUGGUCUAGAGAUAGCAGCAGUCUAGGCCAACCCACUGGUGGAGAGGACCACGUGUACAGUCUCCCUAAUAAACAAAAGAGCAGUGACUCAUCAGCUGGUGCAAUGAACUCACUGGGCAGCAACCUGUCUGAGCUGGACCGCCUGCUGUUGGAGCUCAACGCUGUGCAGCAAAGCACCCCUGCCUUCGCCACAGAAGAGGAAGCAGCUCCACCGCUGCCUGGCAGCAGCGUUGUCCACCACGUACAGGAGAAUGGAGUCUCCACUGCAGGUAAAGCCAUUCCUCCUGUGGUGGAGAAGCCCAAACGUAGUGGACCCACUCGAGGAAUCGAGGACGUUCGACCAAGUGUGGAGAGCCUUCUGAAUGAGUUGGAAAGCUCUGUCCCAGCACCACACCCUACACCGUUGGUGGUGUCAGAUGAGCAAACAGAUGGACAAGAAUCGCUGUCACAACAACAAGCCAGAAUGUCUGCCUCCUCUGCCACACGAGAGCUGGAUGAGCUAAUGGCCUCCCUGUCUGACUUCAAAGUGCAAAGCAAUUCUGGCUCUCAGGUGUCUGUGAAUCAAGAUGCAGUUGACCCAUUAUUAGUUGCUGGUUCACCGGUUAUCCACCCAAUAACUAACCCACCUAUAACGCCUCAGAUUGGUUCCCCUGAUACUCCUCUACCCUAUAGUUACACUGCUCCGUCCUGUACACCGCUCCCGCUGGAACUCCACAUAGAUGAAGAUGGUGGUUCAGCUCUUGCAUCUUCACCUCUUUCUGCUAUAGUAAUAGCAUCAUCUAAGAGCCUUCAGUACUCUCAGAUCCAACAGAAGGCUAAUGAUGGGACUGUCACUUCUGAGAUCUCACAUGUUGAGAGCUUUAGUAUUUCCAGUACUGUAAAAACCUCCAGUGAAACUGAAGUUGACACCCCCACUCAUAUAAUAACUAAAGAGUCUGCUAGUCCAGGUCCUGCUGCCACGAGCUCCAAACCUGUGGUUGUUUCUAAAAGUCCUGUUACAGUCUCUAAAAGCCCGAGUCCCACUAUUAAAGGCAAGAGUCCCAGUCCUCCUGAUGUUGAAUGUAAAAGCCCGGUCCUUAAAAGUCUCAGUCCUGCUCCUGUAAGUCACAGUCCACAAGCAGCAACACAGAGGGAUAGCCCAGUUACCGUGCCAACCACCAUGGAAACGGUGCCCAAGUCAGCUAGUCCAUUAACACUUCCGAGACUUUCAAGUCCAAAGAUUGCAAGUCCUGUAACAAUUCCUAAUAUCUCUAGUUCCCCAGCUGUAUCCAAGAGCUCCAGUCCUGAAACAGUCCAAAAAGAUACUUGUCCCAAGAGUCCUGCUCCAGUUAGUGGAAAAACAUACACAUUUCCGAGCAGCAGCAGUCCCAGAGUGUCUCCAGUUUCGGUCGCCACUGUGCCAUCAAGUAGCUUGUAUGCACCUCUUACAGAAAUUCAGGGAGGUGAAGUGCUGGGUUUAACGUGGCCAUGCCGGGAGCCUUUUUUGGAUGAUACUUUAGAGAAACUCUUAUCAACCGACUCCACUCGACCGGGUGAGAACCAGCCACCGACUGCUUUUGUGCCCGGGGAAGAAGACAGAUCUUGGGAGGAGGAAGAUGGAUUUUAUCCAGAUCUCAGCCUAGAGGGAACCCUGACACCCAUGACUGAGUCCAGCUGGAUGGAUGAGUGCUUUACACCCUCCACCUGCCCUGGGACUCCAGAUGCAACGCUGGACUUGCCCAUACAGCAGCCUUCUGCUGUUGAGCGUCUAUCUGCUUCUGGUCAAGUAGGAGGCUCAGCUUGACUCUUCCAAAAUAAGCUGCUGGCACGAACCUAUAGAGGAUUUAAGACCCUAUGUGUUUCUCUUUUAAUUGGCCAUGUGGCUAAGAUAUAAAUUGUAUCUGGAAGUAAUGGCAGAAGGGUUGUAUUAAUUGGUUGUUCAAGCAAAAUGCUGAAAAGUAAGCUUAUUUUGGGCAAGCAGCUCUACAAGUACUCGAGGAGCUGAGCAACAGUACAAACAUGUCAAGAUGAGGAGAAAUUCCUCAGUCUGUGGUGUGAUGCAUGUGGUGUCAUAUAGCAAUUACAGAAUGGCUUGAGGGAGAAGUCUCCCUGUGGAGAUCAGUUGUGGCUGAUGUUGAAAGCUUUGCUGAAAAAGAUGUCUCCGCACGCCCCCACUUGCUUCAUUGACAUUGCUGUGUUAGUCAUAGCACCUGACAUGUCAUGUUCAAGCUUUUAAUCACUGACACCGCCAGUACGAAAAGACCCAGAGUCCACAGUAAAAGGGAUAUUUUUUUCCCUUCCCUUUUUGCAUUUGCAGAUGAAUUUAAAAUGCACACUAGAGCUCUGUUGGUUUAAUCUUUGGCCCUGCUUUGGCAUGUGCAGUGUUUUAUGAAGGCAUUUUGUGAUAGACUGGUGUUUUUUGUCGAGCAUGCCUCACCAUGGAUUUCCGGCAGGUUUUAUGUUGAUAUUAAAGAAUGAGCCUGUGCAGGAGGCUGAUGCUCGGCUUCUGCAAACAAAAUCAAUUAAAUAUGCCUGACAGAAAAACUGCAUAGCAUUUUGACCCCAGCCGCUGCGUGAGGGUUUUUGCAUUUGAGUGAGAAAUCCACUUCUGGGCCCAUCCUGCUUGUGAUUGAUUUUUUUUUUUUUUUUUCUGGCGUAUGGCACAAUUCCAGCUUCCCACACCAACUUAUCAUCUGCUCUCCAGCUCAAGUCAGUUAUCCGCCGCACCAAAGAGACGUCCAACGUGCACCCAAUGUACAGGGAGGGAAUGUUGAGACGUAAAAUGGGACCAAUCAUUAUAAAUAAAAGCAACUCGCAAGAUCGACUUAUUGAAGAGCUGCAGGGAAAACUGGGGAUCGGGCGGUUGGAGCGCAGGCGUAAACAACAGCCCGAUGACUGGUUGACGGAGGGAGUCAUUGUUACAUCCAACCCACAGCGGACACGAGAGGAAGGGAUUCAGCCAUCUGUGGAUAAGGUAGCAGGAUGAAGGUGGAGAUGAAAAGCCUCACUGAUGGUGUAGUUUAUGCCUCUUUGGCUUUUGGUCACAGGAUUAACUGGCAGAUAUUAGAUAUUUAUCAUUUUUCAAAUUUAACCAUAAAAUUUUACUUGUUAUUGGCAAACAGUUUAAACAGUUUCACUUUUUGGGCCAAUUUAGUUUUCCUUUUUUGUGUCUGAUGUUUCCUCUCCUUUCCUCGCUGCUUUCUGUUUCCUUCUUCCUCCCAGAUCAUCAUCCCUCCUGAAUCACCCGCCCCACAGAGAAAAGUCCUUCCCCCUCCACUGUCUCCCCCAGCUCUCAAAAAGCCACCCCCCGUCAAGCAGACUCCUCCGCCACUACCUCCUCCCCCUCCAACCCCACCUCCUCCUCGAGAACCUAGCCCUCCACCUCCCAAGGAACCUACUCCUCCUCCUCUUCCUCCUCCUCCUCCUCCCCCACCUCCUCCUCCUCCCAGGGAGCCCACACCUCCGCCUGUCCAACCUCCUCUUUCACCUAGCCCUCCACCCAAGCCGGUCACGCCAACCCCGCCUGCCAAGCUCUUUGUAUCAGUGGGUUGUCAGACAGAGUACGACCCCAUCUUUCCACCGAUUCAGGCACGGAUCACCUUUCUUCCAUCCUCCUCCUCUCACUUCAUUCUUUCCACUUUCUGUCACACUUUGAGUUGUUUUACUUGAGCUUGUUUGUUGAUUACUUGGAUAUGUAUGGGUGUUAAGGAAUUUGUCCGGUCACUCGUUCUGUUUUUGGCCCUCGGUGUCAAAACAGGUAACCUCGUGAAGGCUUUGUCUGCAGUCCAGUCACAGGGGUGCUGACAUUCAGGCUAGAAGGACUGAGCCCACAUUCUAAUUCUGACAUCCAGUGGCGCCAAGAACAGUGUGUUAGAGUGGAGAGGAGAAUUUAAGAGCUUAGAGGAAAGCAGAGUGUAACUCCCUGAUAUUCCCGUUACACCAAGAGUCCUGCCAUGCUUAGGAAUGGAAGGAUUGCAGUGCCACUGAAACCUAAUCUGCCGCAUGACAGCACAGUUACCAUCACAAUUAUAGCAUGUCUCACAAGACUUAAGUCAACAUGUCCCAUUAUGUCAGACACCAGCCUGUUGAAACUGAAUGUCAUAUACCAUCAUGCUUUUAGAAAAUAUGCCUUUUAGCAACUUUGUUAGAACCUGCUCUAGCAGAUUGGCACAACCGUGGUAAAAUACCCAG